AUGGCAAUCGACAAAGAGGCGAUAGAGACGGUAGCAGAAGAACGAAUGGUGAAGGUGAUAAAAGAGUACAAGGAGGAGAUAAGGGAAAUGAAAGAGGAAAUAGAGAAAUUAAAAAGGAAGGUAUACAGACUCGAACAAUGCUCAGGUAAAAGAAAGAGAAGCGAGAGUGAGGAGGAAAAUAGUAAGGUAUGUAAAACAAAAUGGUGGUACGAAAAAGAAGAAGAGAAAGACGAUGAAAAAAGAAAGAAGAAUGUGAUAAUUAGGGUCGAGAAGAAGAGAUGGGGAGGAGGUAGCUCGAAUUUGAAUAAGGUGAAGCAACUUUUUACAGAUGGGCUUAAGGUGAGGGCAGAGGUAAAGGAGGUGAACCAGAUAGGACAUAGAUGGAAUUGGAUAACAUUCCUCGUAAAGAUGGGAAGCGAAAAAGAUAGCAGGAAAGUACUGGAAGCGAGAAGGAAGGAAGGAAGUAGGAUGAAGGUAAAGAUAGAUGCAGAUAAGUCGGUGGAAGAUAGGAUCAAAGAAGGAAAAAAGAGGGAAAAGAGAAAGGAAAGGAAAGAGGAGGAAAGUGGGGGGACCAGGAGAUCGGCGGAGAACGAGAUCGUAGAGAAGAUGGAAGACCAGCUGCUGAUGAGCACGGACGAAGACAAAGCGAAGCAAAAGAAGAAGAGAGAGGGAAGGUCCUAG